AUGAGAUCAAAGUUUUCCAACUGGGCCAAGGGCCUCUUGUUACCGCUGCUGUUACUUUCACAGGCUUGCGUCACAUCAGUGGCGGCUGAGGAUACUUCUGCCGAAGACCAGGCCGUCGUCCUGCAGCUGCUAAAAACUUUACCUUCUUGUGCUCUAUCUUGCAGCUCCACGUAUCCCGCGGACUGCCCUGCGACUCGUAAAGCCUGUCUCUGCGCCCCCCUCUCAGGCAAGACGCUCGACUGUGUCUUUACUGCGUGCACGGGCUGGGACGUCAUCUUAUCAAGACGGGCAACAAGCGUUGCAUGCGACGAACCCUUUCCACAAGAUGGUCGAAUUCUCCGCAAGGUCGCAUGGGCCUGCACGGGAGUAGGCACACUUGCCGUCCUCAUCAGGUUUUCCGGCCGCUUAGCCACGGCCAUGCGUAGCAAUUCGAUGGCCGCCUCGAUGGCCAACACACGCGGCUUUCGAGGCUUAUGGUGGGACGACGCCCUCCUCUUCGUCACCUUCAUUUUAAUGGUCGGCAUCAUGGUCAUGUCAGAGGUCGCCCUCCAGCACGGCUUCGGCGACGGACCCUGGGUCAAAGCCCCCUCCGACCUCGAUCUCCAGGGCUUGCUGGUAUUCAUCGGCGAGCCCAUCUACUUUGUGACUUCCGCGGCUCUCAAGGCAUCGUUCUUGUUUCUGUUUGCUCGCAUCUUUGCCGUCGGCAGCGGCGGCUCGGCGCAACAGCGAUGGGGUCUACCCAUCGGUGGACCUUCCUCCCCGCUCCGGGACCGAUGGACGCUGGCGAGAGUGCUCAUGUGGACGCACAUCAUCAAUGUGAUCGUGGCUGUGGUCUUCAUCCUGGUCGUCUGCCUCCAGUGUCAGCCUCUCUACUACUUUUGGAAGGGCUGGGACGGCAUCACCAAGGGCACUUGCAUCAACCGCAAGGCCGUGCCCCUGGCCCACGGUUUAGCGAGCAUCCUGCUCGACAUCUGGAUCUUGAUCAUCCCGUUGUGUUUGCUACCCGCACUGCGUGUUUCGUUCUGGACAAAAAUGGGCAUCGCUAGCAUGUUUUGCGUGGGAACUCUCACCACGAUAGUCAGCGCCAUCCGCUGCGUCCCCGUCAGCCGCGAUAUCAACAGCAGCUACUCCCUGACCUGGAACCAGACCGAGGUCCUCAAGUGGACGCAGGUCGAGCUCGCCACGGGCAUUGUGUGCGCCUGCAUGCCGGGCCACGGUGCCCUCUUUGCGCGGAUCGUCCGCCGCACCAAGCGGCUUUUUGGCCUCAACACCGCGACGGGCACCAGCACCGGACAAUCCAACUCGGCCGGCUUGCGUACUUUUGGAUCCACCGGCCCCAAGACGUUUUACUCUGCAUCGGUGAUGCGCAACAGCACGGCGGCCCCCGGCAACGCUGGGUCUUCGACCUCUGGCUUGGGCCACCAAGGGAUAGAGGUCACGACCGAAAUUGCCGUGUCCAAGGAGCAGCCGUGGGGUUCGACGGUGGAGCUGAGGAACAUUUCUUCUGGAGACUCGGACGAUUACCAUCAGAAUCUUCCGGGCUGGGAAAAGAAAUGA